CGAUGGCGAUUGGGGAUGGCGAGGCUGACGACGAAGGCAUGGAGGUGGAUAGAAAGAAUCGAACGAAAAAGAGAACAGGGUGUUGGGGAAGACGAGAGAGAGGGCGAAGAAAAGGGUUCCGCCCUCUGUGGGUUCCAAGACUCCCGGACUGCUCUCGGCUUCCAGAUGGUCUGUCGCAGGGCUAUUUGGAAGCUCUGGUGGAUCCCUUUCUUGAUCUCUUUCUCGGGGGUUUUGGGCCAGGAAAUCCUUCUUCCGAGAGGAGGGAACGGGGUCUUUGGGGCGACGGCGGCGGAGUCCAGCUGCCCGUCGCCGGAUCCCUCGCUCUACUACCGGCCUGUGAUCGGAAUCGUCACCCACCCCGGUGACGGUGCAUCCGGAAGGCUCAGCAACGCGACCAACGCCUCCAACAUCCCCGCCUCCUAUGUCAAGUUCGUCGAGUCCGCCGGCGCUCGGAUCAUCCCCCUUAUCUACAACGAACCCUGGGAGGUCAUCUUGGAUAAGCUGAGCUUGGUAAAUGGUGUGCUGUUUACAGGUGGAUGGUGUAAAAGAGGUUUAUAUUUUGAGACUGUGAAGAAAAUUUUUCAGAUAACUUUGGACAGAAAUGAUGCAGGGGAUCAUUUUCCCUUGUUUGGGAUUUGUUUAGGCUUUGAGCUUAUAAGCAUGAUCAUCACCAAGGACAAUAAUUUUUGUGAGAGGUUUAGUGGAGAAGAUCAAGCAUCUACUCUCGAGUUCCCCGAUCAUGUAAAUAUGCAAGGAUCUGUUUUUGAAAGAUUUCCUUCUGAAUUACUGAAGAAAUUAAGUACAGAUUGUCUUGCCAUGCAAAAUCAUAUGUUUGGUAUAUCUCCCAAAAGUUUGCAAGAGAAUGAUGCACUAUCAAGUUUUUUCAGGAUAUUGACCACAAGUACUGAUGCAAAUGGUGAGGUCUACGUCUCAACUGCUCAAGCAUACAACUAUCCUGUAACCGGCUUCCAGUGGCAUCCGGAGAAAAAUGCUUUUGAGUGGGGAUUGCCAAUGAUUCCGCACAGUGAAGAUGCAAUUCGAGUAACUCAACACAUAGCCAACUAUUUCAUCAGUGAGGCUCGCAAAUCCUCAAAUAGACCUUCUGCUAGAAAGGUGCUGGACAAUCUCAUUUACAAUUACAGCCCCACUUAUGGCGGGAAAGCUGGAAAAGGGUAUGAUGAAGUUUACAUCUUCACAUAAUCAUCUCAGGGAUGGGUCUCUCGAUGAUAACGUCCAUUCCAAUGCUCAUGUCCUGAUUGGUGGCACCACAUUGCUAUAAGCACAUAUAUAUAUAUAUAUUUCAACUGUGUUAUAUGAUGCAACCAAAUCAUUGUUGUAAGUAUCAAGUACAUAAUGGUCCAACGGACAUUAAUAUGCAGACUUUAUGUUGAAGAUGGAAAGAAUGUGCAACUUUUUAAGAUCAGUUGAUUUGUCAAGUCCAUUCUGUAAUUCUACUUUCUUCAUGUCUCUAUUUCAAUUCAAUCCGAGAAUUCAUAAAAGUAAUCUAUUAUUGUAUUAAA